AUGGCUCACGAGAAAGGUCUAUUGCUGUUACAGAUGUUGGAAGCUAGCUUUGAUGAGCUUGGUAAUUUACUUAAACACACAGAUACGCCAGCAGAAAGCGAAUACCUCGACUACAAAGAUCUCUUAGAGAACGAUUGGGUUGAGCGGUCCUCCGGGGACGAUUCCAAAAUUCUGGCGCGACUGUUGGAGGACCUUGGAAUCAAUACUGCAAGGAAUAUUCCGGUGUCUCAUGAUCACCGCGGCCUUGAACCUGUGGAAGAAUGGCUACAAGAAGAACUUGAGAUGAAGAUACGCUUCGAUUCAAUAAUCAACACUUCCGGUGGUAUGAUUGCAGCCAUGAACACGUACAGCCCUAUGGAAGAAUGGAGAAAAGCGAGAGCGGAUACCGAGAACGCUGAGCUAAAGCAAGCCGACCACAAGUCUACGGAAAAAGAUAACCUUGGCGAUGACGUUCCUAAUCUGAAGUACUGGUCAGAUGUCGCAUACCUGCAAUGGGCCAUGCAUGCCACGGACACAUCCGACUUGCAUUACGUGAUGCGAAUGAGCAUCACAAACAAAAGCACAAAAGCCGUCAUCCAACAUGUCAAAGAAAAAGCCCAUCCCAAAGCUUCAGGCUCACACUCAUUCGACGUUGACGACCGGGAUCAGGUAGCCGCUUUUCUAGGGACACCGAAUGGAGCCGGAGUCGCUUGGUUGCUCAUACAGCAUAAAAAGCAAUUGGGCCAUAAGACAGUUUACAAGGUAACGGUGGACUGUCGUGAAAUCUGGCAUAAUAGCAAGACGAUAGUUCCAAGUUUGGUGUUCCACCUUCGCGACAUGGGUACACCAAAGCCAGGCAGCGAGGAAGGUGACUGA